AUGUCACCCAAUAGGAAUACUGCAGAGCAAAUGAGUAUAAAAAGUAAUGAUAAAACAGGUGAAAAGAAUAAGAAGGAGGGAGACAUUAUUUCAAAAACUAGACAGAAACAAAGUUCCUCGAAUUCGAACAAUGGACUAAAAAAAGUGAGUCCCAACAAAAAUAUAGCUCCAAUUCAGAAAGUUAUCCCAGAUGCAUCAUAUGUUGGUUGGCAACAAAUUAGUGGUUGGGAAGAAAAAGACCUCUUAACUCCCGAAGAUGAACUAUUAGAUUUGAAUACAGAGACAAUUCUAGAUAACGUUAUUCCAGAUAAAUUUUAUGGUGAUUGGUAUCAUUUUGUAGGAAUCUUUGGACUAGGAGGGUUUUUAUCCUUUUUCUUUGGCUACUUUAAGUUUUCAUUAGCUCCGGUUUUUAUAGUCAUGGUGAGUUUAGCAUUAUAUGCAAGAACGAAUUCAAAAAAAUAUAGACAAUCUAUUAGAAACCUGAUAGAGAAAGAAUUCGCUGUAGAUAAAAUUGAGAACGACUACGAAACGUUAGAAUGGUUAAAUACCUUUUUAGAUACAUACUGGCCUAUUAUCGAACCAACAGUAUCACAGGAUGUCGUUAGACAAGUUAAUAAGGUGCUAUCUGAUAACCCUGCAAUUCCAUCCAUUAUUAAGGAUUUAUGGAUUGAUUCUUUUUCUCUAGGUGUUAAACCACCUCGUAUCGAGAGAGUAAAAACAUUGUCGAACACAUCUCCGGCUGUAGCUGUUAUGGAUUGGACUGUAUCAUUCACACCUCAUGAUCUAUCAGAUAUGGAUAUUAAGAGACUUAAGAAUUAUGUUAACCAAGUGGUUAUAGUAAAGGCAAAAUUACUGGGUAUUAAACUGGAGGUUGCCGUUUCAGAGAUUGCUUUCAAAGUGGAUGUUAGAUUAAAAUUUCAAUUAAUGUCAGAUUUUCCUCACAUCGAUACAGUUAAUGUUCAAUUAUUAACUGUACCAGAUAUCGAUUUUGUUGCGCGCUUAUUCACCAACAGUAUCUUUAGCUGGGAAGUGCUUGCGAUACCAGGUCUUUACACAAUGGUCCAGUUCUUAGCUAAAAAAUACUUGGGACCAGUUCUUUUACCACCGUUUUCUUUACAAUUGAACAUUCCUCAGUUAUUAAAUAAAUCAAACUUAUCCGUGGGUGUAUUGGAAAUUGAUGUUAAAAAGGCUAAGAAUUUAAGACUACCUUCAUCAGUGUUCUUUUCUACGAAUCUAUAUAUUCAAUUUAAAAUUGGUCAUAAGAACGUGGCUAGAACUAGAGUGGCUACGGAUUUCCAACACCCAGAAUGGAAUGAAAAAUUGCAUAUCUUACUUCCAUCUUUUAACGAACCCCUUAACGUUUCUAUCGUGACUGAACGUAAAAAUAUCAAGGAUAAGGUGCUAGCAUCUUUUGAUUAUGAUUUAAACAAACUGAGUCAUGAAAACAUACAGAUGAAUUUGUCUCAAAAGUUCCUGAAUAGUUUAAAGCCUGCUGGUAUUCUAGACUUUAAUGCUAAAUUCUAUCCAGCAAUUGAGAAAAAAAUUCUACCUGAUGGCAGUGUUGAAGAGUUACCUGACCUGAAUACUGGUUUGGCUAAGAUUUGUAUUAAAGCUUGUAGAGGUAUCGAUGACGAUAUAACUAAGAAAGUUUCAGCUUAUGCUGAACUCUAUAUUAAUGCAAAACUCGAAUUAACAACUUCUAAAUGUUCAAAUGCCAACAUUCUUGAAUGGAACGCCGAACACGAAUUGCUUGUUAGAAAUCGCCAUACUUUACGUUGUAAAAUAGUAUUAAAAGACAGGAAAGGAAAAGAAAUAGGCUCAACGGUCCAAUCCUUAAAUGAUCUAAUAGAUAGACAAAAUAUUGAAAAGACAUGGAUUCCAUUGAAAGGUACCAAAACAGAAAUUUGUGUAUCUACAUUCUGGAAACCAGUUCAAUUUGAUGAAGAAUCAAGUGCUCUUAUUUAUAAUGCACCAAUUGGCACGGUUAGAGUAUUCGUAAAUAAGGCCAAUUUUGUUAGUAAGACAACAGCAAAAAACCCAUACAUUAGAGUUCUUGUUAACGGAAUAACUAAAGACAGAACUAAUGAUGCUACAGACAUAAAAAGAUGCUGUUGGAAUGAGUCAAUGUACGUUACCGUUUCAUCUCCAAAUCAAAAGAUUUCAUUAGAAUGUAUGGAAGUGACAGAGACCGGACAUCACAAGUCAGUUGGUAAAUUUGAUGUGCCUAUUCAGGAUAUGUUCGAUAAAGAUGAUUCUGAUAGAUAUAUAGAAAAGAUCGAAGAUAAGAAAAGAGUUGGUAAACUCGUAAAAACCAAUAUAACAACGGCGGAAUUAACAUAUUAUGUGGCAUUCUAUCCAACAUUACCAGUUUUGACAAUGGAGGAGUUGAAUGAGCUAGACAUUCUACACGAAAGAAAGAAAAAACUUGAGACCCUAAAACUAAAGAGUAUAGAGACAGGGUCAUAUACAUCCGAAGAGAAGAAAACUAUAGACACCGCAGAAUUAGAAAUAAAGGAUAGCGAAGAUAUGUACAGUAAUAAAAUGAAGCUAGAUAUCGACGAGCUUUUACAAUACAACUCUGGUGUAAUAGCUAUAACCGUUCUUGAUGGUGAAGUAUCACAACCAGGUCUAUAUGUUCAAACAUUUUUCGAUGGUUCAGGACAUUCUAGAUAUACCUCAUCAAGAAUUGCUAUUAGAACAAUACAGACUGGUUGGAUCUUGGACGCAAUGAUCAGUGAGUUAGAAUGGUCCGUUACAACAUUUAGGGUUACAAAAUGGAGGAACUCAAACAAAGCAGAUGACUGCAUAUGUGAGCUCGCAAUACCGACGAUUGAAUUAAUAAAGAAUUGUUAUAAGAAUCCAUCUAUUCUUGCGUUAACUGGUAAGUCAACUGCCAAACUCACUGUCAGAGUAUCUUGGUUCCCUACCAAUGCUACUAAGUUACCGUUAUCUGACUUAAUUACAAACAGUGGUGAUAUGUCAGUUACAGUUUCUGGAGCUGAUGGCUUAGAUGCAGGAGAUAGUAGCGGCCGUUCUGAUCCAUAUGUUAAACUUUACUUAAAUAAUGCUGAGGAACCAUUCCUGGAAACAAAACACAAGAAGAGAACAAGAUCUCCUGUUUGGGAUGAAACUGCCAAGAUCAUAGUGAAUAAUAGAGUAAAUGACCAUCUACACAUAGAUGUGUUGGAUUAUGAAAGUUCCAAUAAAAGCAAGAUUCUUGGACAAGCUGUUAUAUCAUUAUCCGAAGUUGAUCCAGAUGAAGUAACAACCCUGGACGUCCCAUUGGUUACCUCCUCUGGUAAUGAAGGAGGAGUUAUACAUUUAGAUUUUUCAUUCUCCCCUAGAUAUACAUUAAAUGUUACUAAACAAACUAUUAAAAAUAACAAUGGAGAAAUUCCAGGUCUCGAUUUUAUUCCAGGUCUCAAAGUGGGUACUUCAGCUGUCAAUGCAGGUGUGAGCACUCUGGGUGUCAUUAGUAAGAGUUUUGGUGGUGGUAAGAUGACAUCUAAUAAAAGGACUAAAAAAAUUGAAGAGGAAGAUUGA